AUGACUGGCAAAGUGCCUCAUGCUGCCUUCGUUGAGGAGUACGACGAAGACGCAAACGUCAUUCUCCCCGACACCCGUCAAGUUGCUCACAUCGCUGCAAAACGCUCCAAGGCUGACCUGAGAUCUGGACUUGAGCCCUUGGUUGAUGGUGCCAGUGAUUCAGGAUACUCCAGUCGCACAGCCGCCACUAUCAAUAGCGCCCAAUCUGGCCCAUCGGGCCGGAAAAGUCCUGUCCCUCUUAAACUCGACUCCACGCUCAAGCGAGCCGACCUUGAAAAAUUUCGCUCCUCUCGCAAAGAUCGUGCAAAAGAAAAGCCUGCACGCCCUGUGCGUGACGAUAAGAUGCAGGUGGGAACCUAUCCCAGUUCCAGCCAUUACGCUGCUGCUCCAGUUCAGCGGUCCCCUUCCAGACCCCGACGACGAGACAGUGUUCAUGUGCGUCACGUCCCAGGCACCUGCCGGGAUUGCGAUCAAGGAUUGUACCAUGCCUCAACACCAAUAGAACCGAGACGGAUGGAACGUCCCUACUAUGUCUCGCAACCGCCGCCCUCAGUUUACGACUAUCCUCCGCCGCCACCAUCACCACAAGGCCUAUACCCCCCGUCCGUCAUCCAGGACGUUCAUGUCUCUCACAGCAGCCGUCCCUCCGCCCGUUCCGGUCGCUCCAACUCGUAUCACUCGAAUGCUCGUCCGUCGAGCUUUCAUGGGAUGAUGCCAGGUAUGGGGCCCAUGGUGUAUACCCCGUCUCCUAUGAGUCGCUACGAAGCCGGGCCUCCGCUGGCUUCACCCGUUUAUGCCAAUAGCCCGUCCUAUGCAGCCUCGCAUUAUGCCCAACAGUCUCCAUAUUAUGGGGUACAGGAGUUUGCGGCUCUUCCUCCAACCGACCACCACCAGGAACGAUCGGUCUCCAAGACUAGAGAGAAGCAGCCGCGUGCGCGGCACCCUUCUCUUUAUGGACCACCUGUCGUGGAUCAUGUGCCUCCCACCCCGCCUUACGAUGAGAGCGAGGAUGACGACGAUGAAGAAGACGACGAUGACAGUGAAGACGAGCAACUACUCGAACCGCCACCUCCUCCUCCCGUCCGGUCCCGACCACGCCUUCCUUCUCAGUCAUCUCAUAAUCGCGAUGAAGAUUAUUAUCGCAUGCCGCCUCCGCCGAUCAAAAAUAACACCCGGCCGCACGUCAUUCAGAAACGCCCCGAUCCACCACGAAAGUCAGCAACAACCACGUCUCUCACCUCGGAGCGCCGCUCAUCCAGAAGCUUUGAUCUAUCGGAGAUGGAAGACGCGCUGCCGAGCUACGGAUACCGGCGGUCUUCACGCGAGACCGUGGUUCCUGAGCGAAGCCAGAGUCUGAGGGGUAGCAGACGCUCUACGUCCUAUCAUGACUCCGUGCGCCCGGCUCGAAUUGCCAUCGAGGGUGCUCGUCGCCAACGGACAACUGUCUAUGACUACAAUUCAGGCGGCGAUAUCGAGGAUAAGCAGCGAGAGGCAGAAGAGUAUCAGGCGUCGAGAUCAGGCAAAGCCGUGGCGGUGCCACUUACCGCGGAUGCCCUGCGCAAAGCCAAAACAUCGCAGCGUGCGGAAAGUGACAGCGGAAGUCAGAAGAGCCGUAGCAGCCGAGGUAGUGAUGCUCGCACUCAAAAUGGUAGCAGCGGCGAGGCCAAGCCGGAGGAAGACGAUAACAUUGUCAUGACCAUGAAUGGUGUGACUAUGAGUUUCACUCAAAAGUCUGUCGGGGGAAAGAGGAUCAGCGUCCGGACUGGCGACACGGGAGCGGUUGAGCUGAACAUCGAGGGCAAGCGACCGAAGAAGUAUCUAACCGGCGGCUCCGAUUAUACAGGCAGCGUUUCCCGAAGGGAACUGGAAGACGCGCGGCGUCCCCGAGGUGACCGGCGGUCCGACAAGGCCAGUCACCGAUCCAGUCGAUCGACUUACAGUGGGCGACACUAG